CCGACCACGCCUUCAGAUUCGCAUCGGCCGGCACAUUGCAUAGCCAUGUCAGCCAUAGGAGCAUUACGCGACAAAAUAUCACUUGAGGCCAAUGAUUUACAUUCCAUGCAGAGAGACUUGAGUAGAAAUGUGAGUAGUCGACGCCAAUUUUCGCACCAGUACAGCGAAAAUGAUCUCGUGCACAAGGAGCUCGAAAGGCUUGAUAAUGAUGCAAAGGUUUACAAGCUCAUUGGACCUGCAUUGAUCAGGCAGGAUAAAGUUGAGGCGAUAAGUAAUGUCGCUAAGCGCAUGGGUUUCAUCGAGCACGAGACGAGUCGUUUGGACAAGGCGAUAAAAGGGUUAGAGAGUAAACAAGAUGGCAAGCAAAAAGUGGUUGCCGAACUGCAAAAGAAGCUGCAACAUAUGCAUGCUUAUGAACAGAGCUAGGAGUCGAGAAAGCGUGCCAUAAACUAACCACGAACACUCUUUGUCAUCAUCACCACGAUCACUCUU